AUGAGCAAAGCCCAAUACACCACGACCCUAUGGCAGAAAGAGAUGAAGGAUCAAAUCCUGAUGGAGAGAACCCGAUCUCCGCUGAAGAAGCGAUUGCUGUCGCUCUUCGUGACCUAUCUCAUGACACACAAGACUCAUUUGUUACAAGCCAUCCCCCCGGCCAUAAAUAAGAAGCCACCUGGGCAUCUUCGGAAACUCCUUUCUAAAUCACAUCUCACAGCAACGAUGACAUCAACGUCGUACGAAGCCAUCAUGUGGGAAAGCAAAAUCAAGAAGAAGAUCAUAUCUCACGCACGCUUUAUAUUCGCCGAUCAGGUCCGUCCUGGCACUGCCUUCGACGUCGUCACCACUAUGCACGUUACCAUCAAGGAGGGCCAGCAAUAUACAGGCUAUAUUUUGCAUCUCAUCGCCCUCGAUGAGCUGGCUCACCAAGGAAAGCGGAAGGUUCUGAUGUCGUCGAAGGAGAAUGCUACCGAGGCGGAUGGCUUGGAUCUACUUAUGAGGGGACUGCAGGGCAGGCUUUCAACUAUGAUAGGUAAAGGCGUGGAGGACGUGUAG